CUGAAAUCAAAAAUGUCUCGUUCAACUUUUCGUUCUCUAGGUGAUUUUGGAGGAGUCUCACGAGCAACAUACUUUCGCCAUAAAGCGAAGCGAGCACACAGUGAGAUUGAACUCCACAGAGAAAUCGCUGCAGUGGCGUGUCAAAAUUAUUUUAAAUACGGUAUCCGUUGCGUCUUUAUGUCUGGGACAAAAUCGGUAAAAUGCGCUUCAUGCGCUUCCAAAGGGAUUGCUUGUCUAAACUCGUCAUGGGCUUCUUUGGACAAAACUCGAGAAGAAGCCAGAUCGCAAAUUGAUGCUGACUUGCAAGAGCUGGAGAGAAUUACAGCUCGUCUGAAAAAGAAUCGAAAAAUCCUCAAGUUGGCUGAAGCUCGCGCGAAGGCGAAGGCGGUGUAUCUUCUGGAUGAGCUAGAAGAGGAAGAAGAGAUGCAGAGGGUUAAAAAUGGUGGCCUUUCCAAUGCGGAGCUGGAGGAAUUAUCCAAGGAUUUGAUCGUCCAGAACAACAUCCUUCCCCAAGGUCCUCCCAUCUGGAGCGCCUGGGACCCAGAUGCUCUUGAUCGCAGCCUAAAGCGCCGUAGGCUCGAAGAUCCUGCGCUGGCUUUCCCUAGUUCCGAAGGGCCCGAGCAACACUCAACGGUUGCUUCUGAUCCGGGUUUCGUCGGUGGUACUUUAAUAGCAUCUCCUGCGCCUUUGCCAGGUGAGAAAGAGGUUCCCACGAGUCGUCCUCCUUCGGUGGUCUAAGAUUGCUUCUACCUCGUAUUCUGGUUCUAAAGCAUCCUGGAGUUGGGUUUCUUGGUCUAAUGGUGCUUUCGCGUCUGCUUUUUCUAACAAGGAUAUGUGGAACACAGGGUGUAUUGGCAUGUGCUUAGGCAGCUGUAGUUCGUAAUUGACAGGUCCCUUUCUUGCCUCGA